AAGGACGUUCCGAGAGUUGAGGAGACGGUGGGGCCUGCUGACGGUUGGGACGUCGAAGCCCUCAGGUAGGCGGCCACCAUGGAGGCCCCCCCGGUCACCAUGAUGCCUGUGACUGGUGGCACCGUCAACAUGAUGGAGUAUUUACUGCAAGGAAGCGUGCUGGACCACAGCCUGGAGAGCCUCCUGCACAGGCUGCGUGGCUUGUGCGACAACGUGGAGCCCGAGGCCUUUCUGGACCACGAGAUGGUGUUCCUGCUCAAGGGCCAGCAGGCCAGCCCCUUCGUCCUGCGGGCCCGGCGCUCCCUGGCCCCGGCGGGCACGCCCUGGCACCUCCGCUACCUGGGGCAGCCGGAGAUGGGAGACAAGAACCGCCAGGCCCUGGUGCGCAACUCGGUGGACAUCGCCACGUCAGAGAACCUGACCGACUUCCUCGUGGAGAUGGGCUUCCGCCUGGACCACGAGUUCGUGGCCAAGGGCCACCUGUUCCGCAAAGGCGCCAUGAAGGUGUGCGUCUACAAGGUCUUCCGCGUCCUGCUGCCCGGCAACACCGACAGCAUCGAGGCGCUGUCGCUGUCCUACCUGGUGGAGCUGAGUGUCGUGGCCCCCGCCGGCCAGGAUGGCGUCUCCGAGGACAUGCGCAACUUCGCCGAGCAGCUGAAGCCUCUGGUCCACCUGGAGAAGAUCGAUCCCAAGAGGCUGAUGUGAUGGGACGAGCACGUGGCCCACUGGAAACAGACCCUGUUCCCCUGCUUUGGAGGGAGGUGGACCUCACCUUUGGGUCCAGACAAGGGCCUGAGGGGGAGCCCAGUUGACCCUUUGCCUGUGGGUGAGGGAAGAGCAGAGGUGGCCGGAUCACGCAGGGUCCGCUGCGUCUCUUUCCGCCGAUUCCAGGCUGGUGGAAGGGGUGUCCUCUCCAGCCAGGACCCCAGAGAAACUGGUUCUCGGGACACCAGAACACGCUCGCCCUGGUCCUCACGUGGGGAGUCCCCAGGUCACAACUGGCAGCUCUGUUCAGCCUUUCACCCAGCGACUCCCACCUAAUCAGCGGGAUUUCCUGAGCGCCUACCGUGUGCAGAGCGCUGGACCGAGCGCUCGGGGAGAGCACCAUCGGGUUGUGAAGCCUAGCUCGGGGGGAUAGAUACUAAAAUAAACUACAGAUAGGAGGAAGUGA